GCUGUCGACCAGAGAUAAUAAACCCGCGUGCCUGGCUGCUCAGGCCCUGCGCAAACUCGCAACUCGCAACUCACAACAGCUCACACCUCACAGCUCACUAUGCUGCGACUAUCGCAGCUCUUCGAAGCCAGCAACCGGCGCGACGGCGACGCAGCAGACAUCGCAGCCCCGUCCUCGCAUCCGUCCUGCCUCGCAAGGCCGCCGCCUGAAUCGCCUGAAUCCAUGAUCUCCUCGAAUCCGGGGUCGCCUGUCACCUCGCUCUUCUCGACCAGGACGCACACCCGCUUCCCCAGCUCGGUCUCGUCGCUGGCCUCCUCGCCCGUCACCAGCUCGCCCGAUGGCUUCGGCGGCACCAAGACGCAGCUGACAGAGGUCAAGGAAGAGCCCGGCGAGCGAGAGACCGGCUGUGUCGAGAGAGACGGUUACUUUCCUCACUUUAAUGAUUUCCAUGCCGCCGCUGCCGCCGCUGCAUACGACGACAGUCACCUCUCGCUGGACUCGCACGACUUCGACCAGAUAGACACCCUCGACGCCGUGGGCGCCUUCAGGAAGCGGAGGUCGGACAGCAAGUCGCUGCGCCAGAUAUCCCGCAUCAGCACCCGCUUCUCCUCCCUCUCGUCCAAAUGGAAGCAGACCAAGCCCUCGUCGAUCGCAGAUACAGUCGCUACACGCGAUCGGUACGAAGACUCUCUCAGGUCUCGCGCCAAUUCAGCCACUUCCGCCCUCGCCAGCCCGGCCGCCAGCUUGAUAUCCGCUCGUCAGAGCCUCUGUGCCCCCUCGCCGGCCAGGACGACGUUCGAGGAACGCCUGAACGAGGCUGGCGUGGCCGGCAUUGACAUCGAACGGGCGAACCAGCAGCAGUUCGACGGAGAGCCAGAGAGACAUGUCCGGACGCCGCUGCUCCCACCGGUCAUGAUGGACCUGCCACACAUCGACAAGGACCAGCAUAUCGACUCUCCGCUGGAGUCCCCGUCCAUUGCUCCCGUGGCAGACUCUCGGGGGGACACUGACAGCCCGCCCAUCACCUCCAUAAGCGAUGUUAUGCCACCGACCUCGCCAGCGUCACCCAUUACCUCUGCUCACCCCUCCAUGUCCUCCACCAGCCGCCAGCUGGCCAUGUCUCGCCUCUACUCGACCCGCAUGGUCAUGUCGGACUCCGUGGACGAGUGGUCCUGCAAGCUGGGACACGCAAACUUCACUAUCUACCCAGAGCCAUACGUUCCCGAGAUCUGUGACAGGGAGGCCCUGAACAACUUCCGUGCCAACUGGGAGCUUGCUCGCUGCAACUACGCAAAACACCUUGCACGGACUGAUGAACACUACGGCUCCACCUCACAUAUAUACAAACUCACCGAAGAGAAGUGGGUAUCCGUCAACAGCCAGUGGAAGAACGGCUACAACCAUGUCAUCGCCAACCUCGAGGACGGUAACGGUAACCGUCUCUCUCUCAGCCCGUCAGAGGUGCUCCACUGCUCCCAGGACGCCGUCAAGAUACCCGGCCUUCACGACAAGAACAAGUUCCCGGAACUCGGAGACGAGGACAUCGUCGGUCCCAUGUCUGUCGGGCCCGGCCUACAGCACUGUCGAUCCACUGACGAUAGGAUCCUCUCCAAAAAGUCCAUUCUCAAGUUCUUGAAUGGUCUCUUCAGCCUCCGCAAGAGCUCAUAACCGCCCCACCCCCUUUAUUUUCUCUCUACCCCUAUCCAUUCUCCUGUACAAAUACCUCCUCCCGUCCCUUAUUCCUACCAUCUCUAUUUUACCCUAUUUACCCGAUAUUUUUCAUUUAUUCUGAUUUGCUGCGGUACAUGCAUGCAAUUCAUAGUCGUCUCCCACCAUAUCCGAGCUGGGCUAGCAAGGACGACUGGAGUUAAGAUGUCUUGCUUGUGUUUUUCCCUUUUUACGGUUCUUAUUCCCCCAUCCACCAUAGUUGUUUUGCUCAUUCUCUCCUUAUAUUUCAGCAUCAGAUCAUGAAUCAUGCGUUACGCUCCUUAUGACCACCCCUUUUGCAUCCAUCGAGGAACCCCAUAUCCUAUAUAUGCUCCAUCAUGGAUGAACGACGCUCCUUAUCCGGACUCUCAUUUGUCAUGACACUCAUUUUAAGUCGAUGUUUAAAUUAUGGCGUUUAAAAAAAAGGGCCUCAGCCUUUCCUUAGCCCUGCUUGUUAUCCCGAUGCAUCCUUGCCUUUUUUUUUUUUCUUUAUUACCCUUUCCAUUUAGCCCAUUUGUUCAUCAUA